AUGUACAGACAAAUCGCAUUAUUUGUUGUAGUAUUAUGUGCCAUUUUUGGCCUUUCCGCCGCCACUUUGGGUGUUGAUAUCUCCUCUGGCUCUGAUAUCUCAUCCUUUUCAUGUCUCAAGUCUAAUGGCUAUUCUUUCGCCAUCAUUCGUUGUUGGGAGUCUGUAGGUCAACCAGAUUCCAACUGUCCACACUCCAUGUACAAUGCUUGGGAUGGUGGUAUGGCUGACGUUGAUGCUUACAUGUUCCCAUGUUUCUCAUGUGGUAACGGUGCUGGUCAAGUCGAAUCUAUGGUCAACUACAUCAAGUCAUACAAUGCCAAGUACGGUAUGGUCUGGUUCGAUAUUGAAGGUCCAGGUGUCUACUGGUCCGACAACCAAGCUGACAACCAAGCUUUCUUCAACUCUAUGGUCGCUGGUGCCCACGCUGUUGGUGCCAAGGUCGGUAUCUACACCUCUGCCUCCCAAUGGAUCCCAAUUAUGGGUAACUGGGCUGGUGGUGCUUCUUUCCCACUCUGGUAUGCUCACUACGAUGACAAUCCCUCUUUCUCUGAUUUCCAACCAUUCGGUGGAUGGAACACUCCAGCUAUCAAGCAAUACAACGGUGACGUUACCGUCUGUGGUUUGGGUGUUGACCAAAACUGGAAUAAAACCAAUUAA